UGUGUUCUCCAUUCUUUAAGCACCGGUUUGAGCACCGUUUAAGCACCGGCACCGUUUCAAAAGUACCGGUUUGGCACCGGUAUCGGAUAAAACCUAAACGAUACCCAUCCCUAAUUGCUAUGCAGGUGGCUUUGAGUGGGCCACUGGACCUUUCUUAAUCUUCUCUUCAUGUCCAAACAACGUCUUGCUACUUGCUCAAUUUUCACUCAACCCCCACAAAUUAUACAUCAAAGUGUAGGUAUUUUUGCUGGCUUUCAGAAAAUGUCACUAUGAUUGUUGUAGGAGUUACAGAUUUCUGGCAAAUCUCCUCAGAGCAACACAAAGUCUGAAAACUCUCCAUAGAAACUCAAUGGAGACUUCGCUUGAAAUCACAGCUGGAAUUCUCUAAUGAGACACAUUUUCCAAUCGUCAUAUCUCCUUAACGAAGCGAAGUUAAGACAUGAGGCUUGUGCCAAUAUAUCUUCAGACACUCCUGACGCUCACAAUUCAAGAUUUUUUUUAUCACUUAUUACUAUAGCUGUCGAAAUUAACGCGUUAAUUGCGAUAAUUAAAUUUUGGAAUUAAUUACGUUAGAAUAUUUAACUAUUUGGCGCAACACGCAGAAAAGUCGCUCCCAUAAUUCCACUUGAUUUGUUUACCGCGCCACUGAAAAUGGAGAAGCAGGAACAGGAUGGCCUUCUGGAUGGGGAAUUUAAAUACAAGAAGAACAUAGAUGGGACAAUAAACAAACGCGUUGUAAUUUGCACUCACUGUAGUAAAGAGUUUCAAUUUCACCGUUCAAAUUCGACCUUAAAAUACCACCUUAAUGCCAAACACGCGUUUGUCGGGGCAGCAGCUUCACCCGGCCUGCGUCAGACCACUCUUAGUGAACGCAGGCCACUCGGUAAGUCUUCUUUGGACAAACUGACCGACAAUAUAGCCAAAUGGAUAGCAAAGGACUGUAGACCGCUAAGCAUUGUGGAGGACAAGGGCUUUGCGGAUGUUUUAAAGGUUGCAUCUCAGGACGCGUCCUACAAGCCCCCAGCGAGACGCACAAUAACAAUUCGAAUCCACGAACUGUAUGAAACGGAGAAAAAGAAAAAAGAAGAGGCUUUAGUUCACACAGAAUGCGUGGCUCUGACAGGAGACCACUGGACAUCAUUGAGUAAUGACAAUUACCUGGGAGUUACUGCGCAUUUAAUCACUGAAGCCUGGGGUCUGACAUCCUUUGCGCUGACUAUAAUGAAAACGGAAGAGCGGCACUUUGCGGAGGCUUGUGCAGAGCAGUUCCAGACUGUUGCUCGCAGGUGGAGAAUUGAGGAGAAGGUGACAACAGUAGGCACGGACAGUGCGCGCAAUAUGAUCGCCGCGGCUUGCAUCAUGCCAUUCAAUCACAUGCCGUGUACCGCGCACAUUCUACAGAGAUGCAUCACAGUGAGUCUCGCAGACAGUGGCUUUGUCACUGCGCUGGCCAAAUGCCGCAAAAUUGUUGGCCAUUUUAAGCACAGCCCAGCAAACACAGCAGAGCUGAACGCAGAGCAGGUGUCACUGGGGCGCAAGCAGGAGCCGUUGGCCCAGGACGUGCCUACGCGCUGGAACUCCACGCUGGAGAUGGUGAAGCGCUUGAUCCGCAACCAAACUGCAGUAACCGCGACUCUGGAUAAACAAAAGCAUAAACUUGUCCUCCUGACGCCUCCAGAGUGGGACAAACUCCAGAGACUGGAGACACUUCUAGAGCCCUGCAGAUAUGUGACUGAACUGCUGGGAGGAGAGGCCUACGUCUCCUGCUCUGUAGUUCUACCAGCCUUCUGCCACCUGCGCCGUGUCAUGGAAGUAACUGAUUCAAUUCAAUUCAAUUCAAUUUUAUUUAUAUAGCGCCAAAUCACAACAAAAGUCGCCUCAAGGCGCUUUAUAUUGUACAGUAGAUAGCACAAUAAUAAAUACAGAGAAAAA